AUGAAUCCCAUUGAGAAACAAGUGGAGGGAAGAGGGCACUGGGGGAACAAAGCCGAAUUCAUCCUCACUGUGAUGGGCGCGAUCAUCGGUCCGGGGAACGUGUGGAGGUUCCCCUAUCUGUGCUACAGGAACGGUGGAGGAGUUUUCUUCAUCCCGUACAUCUUGUUCAUAUUCACAUGUGGAAUCCCCUUGUUCUUCCUUGAGACCUCCUUAGGACAGUACACCAGCCAGGGGGGCAUCACUUGUUGGAGAAAUAUCUGUCCGCUUUUCCAAGGCAUGGGCUAUGCGAGCACCUUAAUCAUCACAUUCAGUGCAACGUCUUAUAUCGUCAUCCUGGCCUGGGCGUUCUUUUACCUGUUCUCCUCCUUCAGUGCAGAGUUGCCUUGGGCCACAUGUGGAAACUACUGGAACACAGAUAAGUGCCUGGACGUCAACAAUCAGAACCUGAGCGAGGCAUUCAGGCUGAACAGCACUCUUCCAGUUAUGGAGUUCUGGCAGCGUCGGGUUUUAAACAUCUCUAGCGGCAUCGAGGAGGUGGGCAGCCUGAGAUGGGAACUGGCGCUGUGUCUCAUCCUGAGCUGGGUCAUCUGCUACUUUUGCGUUUGGAAGGGCAUCAAGUCCACAGGAAAGGCAGCCUACUUCACAGCCACCUUCCCCUAUGUUAUGCUGUUUGUUUUGCUCAUACGUGGCGUUACCCUACCGGGGGCAAAAGAUGGGAUUAUUUACUACCUUUACCCUGAUAUCUCUCGCCUCACAGAUGCCCAGGUGUGGAUGGAUGCAGGCACUCAGAUCUUCUUCUCUUAUGCUGUCGGCCUUGGUUUCCUCACCUCCCUUGGGAGCUACAACACUUACAACAACAAUUGUUACAGGGACUGCUUCUACCUGUGUCUGCUGAACAGUGCCACUAGUGUUGUGGCAGGCUUUGCCAUUUUCUCCAUUUUGGGUUACAUGACAUACGAACAAGGAGUGGACAUUUCUGAAGUGGCAGAAUCAGGCCCAGGAUUGGCCUUCGUUGUCUACCCACGAGCUGUAGCCAUGAUGCCUAUGCCUCAGGUGUGGGCUGUGUGUUUCUUCCUCAUGAUCAUUCUGCUUGGACUGGACAGCGAGUUUGUUGGUCUGGAGUGUCUGAUGACAUCACUGGCUGAUCUGUUCCCUACCUUCCUGCGUCAAGGCUACAGACGUGAACUGCUUCUGCUGGCUAUCUGCUCUACCUGCUGUCUGAUGGGACUUUCCCUGGUCACUGAGGGGGGAAUGUACCUGCUCCAGCUUUUAGACCAUCAUGUCUGCAGCGGCACCACCUUGCUCCUCCUCUCCUUGUGCCAGUCUGUCAGCAUUGCCUGGGUCUACGGUGCUGACCGUUUUUAUGGCAACAUCUCAGACAUGAUCGGCUAUCGGCCAAACCCAUUCAUGAAGUACUGCUGGUGCUACAUCACUCCCCUCAUCUGCUUUGGCACGUUCAUCUUCUCCAUUAUGAAAUAUUCGCCACUGAAGUUCAGUAACAAUUACGUUUAUCCACUCUGGGCCAACAUCUUGGGCUGGUUCAUUGCCACGGUCUCCCUCUCCCUCAUCCCGCUGUUUGUGAUACAUAAAUUAAUCCAAGGAAAAGGCACUCUCAAACAGCGUUUCCUAGUGCUCUGUACACCUAUCAAUGACCUGCCGCUGGAUCAGCAAUGUCCUACUGCACUGGGAACCAAUGGCUCCUUGGGCUACACAGAUCUGAAACCUUUAUCCCACAAUGGGAAACUCAUUCAGUGA